GAUGAUUCCAACAACUGGACAGAAAGCCCCUCAUGACCUCCGUCUCUCCAUGUUCUUAACAAUUGCAAGGCUUAUCUAUUUAGCAUCACCGGUAAUUGACAAAUGUUCCCAGCAUCAUUACGACCGUCACCUCCAUUGAGGAUGCGACUCAUGCCAACAAGAAGCAUACGAAUCAGUUGUCGCGGGCAACAGUAAGGCUGGAUUUCCCAUGCCAGUCCUUCUCCUGUAAAUGAGGGUCUGUUCUACACGUUCCCCAAACAGCGGUCACCUCCUCUCAUCAUAGAUGAGUUGGCAAGGAAACCCGUUCAGAAAUACAGUAUAAAGACUUGUCAAGUUGUCUGUAACGUUACACCUCGUCUCUUUCUCUUCUUUCUGCCAGUCAGUCAGUUUUCGCGUUCACGAGCAGAGCUCGCUUUUUUUCGUUUCACUUUCAGUCCGAGUUUAGCAGUUUCAUCUGGUUGAUCCAGUCAUUUAACAAACUUUUAAAAAUGCGUUUCUCCACCGUCAUCGCUGCUCUUGUUUCUGCUGCUGUUCCAUUUGUAUCCGGCGCCGCUGUUGCGACACCAACAACGUACACGAUCCUUGUCGGCAUGAACAGCACUCUCACAUACACACCUUCAUCAGUUAAUGCCACGGUUGGAGAUAUCAUCAACUUCCAAUUUGUAGCAGGAAACCAUACUGCCACCCAAUCGACAUUUGCGGAUCCCUGCGCAAACAACACGACACCUAUGACGGGAGUAGAUUCAGGAUUCAAGCCAGUCGCGGCCAAUGCCACGUCGCUGCCUGCCUAUAGUUUCACGAUGACUAACUCCACUCCUUUGUGGUUCUAUUGUCGUCAAGCUGGUCACUGUCAGAAAGGAAUGGUUUUCGCUGUCAACCCCACUGCCCAAUCGACCUUCGCCAUGUUCCAGGAAACCGCGAUGUCAUCAAACACUACGACUGGUGGAAUGGCUACAACUAGCGGAAGUGUCACAGCUCCGGCGGCUGCGGCAGCUACGACAACACCUGCCAACGGUGCAUUAGCAUUGGGCGGCAGUGCGGCAGGGAUUAUUACUACGAUUGGUUUGCUCGUGGGUGUGCUGAUGUGAUGCAGUAUGGAGCAUUUUUUUUGUAUUGUUUUGCUGCUUUCGGACUUUUUUUCUCUGUGGGAUGUAUCGGUUCAUUUUCUGCGAUGUACUAUGCCUACGAACGCAAAAUUUUUUGACU